AUGACGUGGCCGGAUGAAUUUGGGAGACUAAGCGCCGUUUUUCUGCCUAUUUUACUCCGCUUCACUUUUCAAGGUGCAGACUGUAAACUGCUGGUUUCCCACGCUGGUCCCAUGCUGGUGAACGCGUUAGCUGGCAGUAAUGUGACUCUGGCUGUGACCUUCGGCGGUGCGGUGGACCCAGCGGUUACCUGGUGCAUGGCCGGUUUACCUGUAGUUACGUGGGCCAUCAACUCCGGUGCUCCCCCUGACAUAGCCGAGAACAGAAAGAAGGUGCUGCGGAUUGAGGCCGAUGGGUCCCUUAGCUUUGUAAGUGUGCCGCUUGGAUAUACCAGUAACUACACCAUUGAAAUGACAAAGCCUGGAGUGGGAAGAUCCGUCACGAAUUUCACUCUCAAAAUAUUUGAUGUAAUCCAGAAUGUGACCCUGAGAGCACAGUCGGGUCCUGCCCAGGAGGGAGCUCACAGGUUCUCCCUGCAGUACAGCAUACUGCAGGGAGUGGUCGAGCGACAGAUCUGGUUCUUCAGUGGCAUGGAGAUACAAUCCAACUCGCACUACUUUGUGGAGGAAAGGAGCCUUGUGAUCCUCAAUCCAACCCGAAGUGACACAGGACGGUACACAGUGUUACUGACGAACCCCUUCAGCAGUGUGACAACUGGCAUUAACAUCACUGUGCUGUACGGACCAGACAAGCCCAUACUUGAGGCCCGUCCGGCUCGGCCUUUCUAUGUAACGGGGGACUCUCUGAGUGUCUCCUGCCAGGCUGAUGGGUUUCCACCGCCGACUGCUGAGUGGGUCUUUGACAGUCAGACCGUCGUUUCCCUCCAUGGAGUCUUAAACCUAACGCAUGUACAGACCAAUCAAGGAGGCAAUUAUACCUGCACGCUGAUCAAUGGGGAGACGAGAAAAAAGCGUCAACAGUUCACAAUUUUACACAUUUAUGAGAAGCCGUCGGGGAACCCGAUGUGCUCACUGCAGUCGGUGAAUAACGUUGACCUGCAGUACCACUGUCGGUGGGCGGGCGGAACCCCACAGGCCCAGCUUUCUUUCCCAGCACUAAGCAACACCAGCAGUGGAGCAGGGAACCUCAGCUUGACCUUCACAGCCUCACAUAACCUUGACGGGAAAACGGUCAUGUGCAUGGCAGACCAGCCUGUUGAACAGAAUAACUGCAGUAUAACUUCAGGUAGUCCAAGGAUGUUCCUGCCAGCUGUGGGAACCACGGUUGACUCUACGGGCAAAAUAGUGGUGACCAUCAACUGCACCAGUGAGGCCUCGCCUCAGGCGGUGGUGUCAUGGUCCAAAGGCAGCGAGGCUGUCCCCAGCAUGCCACCAUACCAGAUCAGCAGGGACACCACACAGCUCGAGAUACGGGAUUACAAUGUCAGCAACUUUCUCCUCCAGAUCUACACUUGUACCUGUCGCAACCCACUUGGCAGCCAGAGAAGGGAAAUUCAGUUAAGAGGACCGUCGAUCUCGGAUUCCAGUUUGUUCACCAAUCACAAUGGAACCAUCGUCACACUGACCUGGGAGGUUCCGCCAACCUCCAUCGUUACAGGGUUUGACAUCCAAGUGAAAGGUCCAGACCGCCUGAGCAGAAAUCGUACUGGUACCCAAACUAGAGGCGACUCAAACGGAUUUCACACCAUCCUGCCGAAACCGGGCCCCGCCAGGAGUGCCAACAUCUUUAACCUCAAUCCCAAGGUGACGUACAUGUUUCGGGUCAUCCCCAAAGCUCGCAUGACUGGAGGACUGCCGUCUGAGGUCCACAGAAUUGGUCCAGGUGACGGGCUGAGUGGAUCUGCCAUCGCUGGCAUUGCAGCUGGAAUCCCCUGCAGCCUUCUCUUCCUCGUCCUGCUGGGCGGCUUCAUCUACCUCUGUGUCUACUUGAACAAGAACAAAAGUCGGUCAACAAGAUAUCCAGUGUCCAGAGCAGUUGAGAAGGCAGUAACAACCCCAACAGAAACUCCUCCUCACAACCUGCUGACAGGAGGGCUGCAGUCUCCUCCAGAUUACAACAGACUACAGCAGACUCCCUCUGAAAGAUCAGUUGCUCUUCCAGCAUUUCUCCCUCCACCGCCUGUCAGAGUUGCUACGACUGUCUGAAAUCCAAAAUGUGCUGUGAUGUGUAGAUUAAUUUUGUAGCAUGCAAUAUUUUUGUGUUUUAUUUCAAGGUGAGAUUUUUCUGUAUUUUAACUGAAAUGGGGAUUGUGUCAAACAUGUAUUUGCAACUUAAAACUCCAUGUUGUAACUUUUAUUUAUUCAAGUAUAAGCCAUGCCUGUGAAGUUAUACAUCACAUCCGUGACUAUGCUGUUCCUCUAUAGGUCCCUCAGUAUAUAAUGCUUCCAUACACAUCAUUUUUGUUUUGCAUUAUGAUGCAGAACAAAAAACAUGAAUCAAUGUAAUGUGUUUUAUACUUUAGGGUUAUUAGUGCAGUGCCUGUCUUGACCGCAUGCCCAUCGGCUGAUCGCUUGGCCCCCAGAGGUGCUGCUGGCAGCGCAGUAGAACGCUGACAAGAUAUGUUUUGUAAUAUAAGCCAUCAGCAUUUGAGCUCACUUAGUGGGCCGUAAAGUUAGUUAUAGCGCCUCCAUCUGGCCAAAUUGCACCAGUUGCAUCAGUUCAGUAAACGGUUCUCGAUAUCUGUGAAGGACAAACCCAUCUUUCAUUACAUUACAUGUCAUUUAGCUGACGCUUUUAUCCAAAGCGACUUACAAUAAGUUCAUUAAACCAUGAGUCCAAACUCA